CGGAGCUGCAGGGGGAGAAAGCGGCGGCAGGGUGUAACCUGGGUUCCCUGCACGGAACGGCCCCGCUGGGCGGAGCAGAGUCCGGGAGCAGCAGGAGCAGGUGGGCGGUGUCUGUCUGCAGAUCACCUGAGAUACAAGAGGCCCUCCCUCCCAUCCCUCCAGCAGCUGUGGGGUUUUAAAAAAGUUUGGUGAAAUCGCCGCCGUCCGUUUCCGAGGAUCUUUUGGUUGGAAGAAUGAGCGCCUACACCGUGUCGCUGCCCGGCCCCGGCCCCUGGGGCUUCAGGCUGCAGGGGGGGAAGGACUUCAACAUGCCGCUGACCAUCUCCAGGAUCACUCCGGGCAGCAAGGCAGCGCAGGGUAACCUGGUCCAGGGUGACAUCAUCGUCGCCAUCGAUGGCGUCAGCACAGAGGGGAUGACUCACCUGGAGGCCCAGAACAAGAUCAAGAUGGCCAACUACAACCUGGCGCUCACCAUGUCCAAGUCGAAGCGUCCCGCUAUGAUGCCCACGCCGAGAAUCGACGCCGCCGCUAUUCCCCUGAUCCCUCACCAACAGCCUCAGUCGGUGCAGGUCAACGGCCGCCUGUCGGCCUGCAGCGCCUCCUCCGGGCCUGUAGAGGCAGACUCUCCCGGGGGGAGAGCGGCGGUCAGCCCGGCUCAGAGGAAGCAGUAUAACUCGCCGAUCGGCCUGUACUCAGAGGAGACUCUGAGGGAGAUGGCAGCCAUUCAGGCGGGUCGGCCUGCGGGUCCUCUCCCAGCUAAAGAUCGUCUCGUAGACAGCGCCUCCCCGGUCUACCAGGCCGUCCAGAGUGCAGAGAAGGUCCAGGACCUGUGUGAACGGGGCCGCCGCAGCGUCAACAUGCAGUCCAAGUCCUUCCGGGUCCUGGCCCACAUGACCGGAACCGAGUCCUUACCGGGGGAGGAGGAGGAGGAGGAGGAGGAGGCGCUGAGGAGGAGCAGCCCCACUGAGCAUGCUCCAGCUUCUGCCGGCUCCGCCCCCGCCGCUCUGCCUGCUAGCGCCACCGUGCGGCCUCUGGACCCCGCCCCUGCUUCAUCUGACCCCGCCCCUCACAGUCAGUACAGUCAGCCUCCUGCCAUGCAUCAGGCUCCACAAGCCCCGCCUCCACAGCAGUACCAGCCAAUCCCGCAGCAGUACCAGCAGCCCCCCACGCAACAGUUCCCGCCCAUGCAGCAGAGCUCCAUUCAGAUCCCUCUGGGCUCCGCCCCUCCAAAGGUGGUCAGCACCGCCUGUAUCUACCCCAGCCAGCCAGGUCCCGCUCCUGCUCCAGCUCCUGCUCCAAUCCCACCCCAGCCCCGCCCUCCUGCCGCUGCCCCGGCCCCGGCUGGUCCCGCCUCCUCUAACAGACCCCCCUGGGUGUCCGACUCCAACUUCGCCGAUAAGUUUGACCCCGGUAAGAUGACCACCACCGUGAAGGUGCAGCCACUGCCUCAGGCCGCCCCUCCUCCACCAGCAUACAUCCCCAACCCCUCCCCCGCCGCACCUCCAGCUCCCAGCCCCGCACCCAUCCCCCAGAGCCCCGCCCCUUUCUCUCCUGUGGCGAGGGGCGUGGCCCAAAGAGCAGAGAGGUUCGCCGCCAGCAGCCGUACGCCUCUGUGUGGGUCCUGCAACAGCGUCAUCAGGGGCCCCUUCCUGGUGGCCCUCGGCCGGUCCUGGCACCCCGAGGAGUUUAACUGUCACUACUGCCACAUGUCUCUGGCUGACGUCAGCUUCGUGGAGGAGCAGAACAACGUCUACUGCGAGAACUGCUACGAGGAGUUCUUCGCUCCGACCUGCGCCCGCUGCAACACCAAGAUCAUGGGGGAAGUGAUGCACGCUCUGCGGCAGACGUGGCACACCACCUGCUUCGUGUGCGCCGCCUGUGGCAAAGCCUUUGGAAACAGCCUCUUCCACAUGGAGGACGGAGAGCCGUACUGCGAGAAAGAUUAUAUCUCGCUCUUCAGCACCAAGUGUCAUGGCUGUGACUUCCCCGUUGAAGCUGGUGAUAAGUUCAUCGAGGCUCUGGGUCACACCUGGCACGACACCUGCUUCGUCUGCGCGGUGUGCCACGUGAACCUUGAGGGCCAGCCUUUCUACUCAAAGAAAGACAAACCUCUGUGCAAGAAGCACGCUCACGCCAUCAACGUGUAGACCGACCAGCUGCAGCUCCGCGGCUCCGGCCGUCGCACGACGACCGAUGCAAGCCGCAGACGGCAUCUUUCACACAUGUGUGUAAACGCUCUUUAUGCAAAAUACACUUUGGUUUGAGACUUUUCUGUCUGUGCAUUAAUGUUAACGAUUAAAACGACGCCGCCUGAUGAUUCUGACUCGUAGCAGGAACUUCUGCUCGUGACGUUUUCUGUUGUCCAACCAGCGAACUCCAUCAUGUACUGAGGUGAAACAACUGGUGUGUGUUGGAUGUGAUCGCUGUGUCGUCCAGGUCGCACAUGGAGUUCGUACGGAGUCUGCAGAGCGCCACGGUGUUGAAUUCCAAUCAAUCAAUAAACUGAUUCGUGUAAUAAUCAUAGAUCAGAUAAAGACAUUAUUAAAUCAGUCAAAUCAAUAUCUAGAACUUGAUUGAUGUAAUUUAAAUUUUAAUUGCUCUUAUGAAUUGACAAACUGAUUGUAAUGAAACACUGAGUGCUGUCAGAAGGACUCCAGCGGCACCUGAAGCCUCCGUACCUGAAGUGCACAGCUGGUGUUUGUCUCCACAACAUUGUCCUCAUCAUGUCUUCUUCUUGUCUCUGUGCCUGUUUUAUUUUAUUUUUGACUUGUUGAGAUCUCUUGAAAGUUUUUUUCACUUUACUAAACUUAAAACUAUUUUAAUAAUGUUUGUUUCAGCUCCACAAUGUAAAAUAUUUCACCUGCAGCGUUCAGAGCAGCAGAGGGACGAGUGAAGCACCACUUUAUGUAAAAGACAGAAAAACUGUUUACUUCCUGUUUUGGUUUGGCGAGAACUUCAAACCCGUCUGUACUCGGGCAGAUGUGGUGGCGGUCUGGACUGAUGUGGUCUGAACAGCACAUGAAGCAGCUGAUCUGAACGGAGUCUGAUGUGUUUGAGUCAGUGAAUGCAACACGAAUGUUUCUGGAAACAUGAGCAGGUGACACUUUCACUGGCCUCAUUCCAGCAGGUGAACCUGGUGUUAAAGUUAAAGACAAGCCUCAGCGCACAGUGAUACCGUGUCAGUACUCCAUCACCACCACCUCCACCACAAAGAGACACGAAACCACCACAGAGACACGAAACCACCACACAGAGACACGAAACCACCACACAGAGA